AUGACGUCUGUUUCAACUGCUUCGCAACAGGGCACUGGAAAUCCAACUGUCCAAAGGGAAAGGCCACACAAAGUCAAUGAUAAGUAUAAAGUGCCCACAAGACGGAUCGAUGACACAAUUGGUUUAUUACAGAAACUAGUAAAGAGUUUUCCUAGAGUGACGGCCAGAGAGUUAGCGAGAGCGGUGGGGAAAAUUAUCUCAAUGUCACCGAUUAUGGAUAUAUUCAAAACGGGAAGGUGGUGUGAUAGCGCACGGAUUGAAGAUCAGCGGUUACAACAAUUAAGGGAUAUGUUACCAACAUUCUGUCUUAAAUCAAGAGCAGAGAACACGUUAACUCAAUACAGAAAUGAAGAUAAAGAAGAAAACCAUGUAUUUAGAUUUGUGUAAUAAGUAAACUGCACUUCAGAGCGCUCCACAUCCUAA